AUGAAUGUACCCGAAGACGACGAUUUUCAGGCGUCACUAACUCCACCACCUGAUUAUCAUGAUUCCCAAUCUCCUCCUGAUUACCUACGUACCGUUCCCGCUAAACCUAGCGUGAUUUACGUUCGACCUAGACCAUACUCGGCCUACAGUCCAUUUGUUCGACAGACUGCGCCAAACCCUUCUGAAACAUGUGACACAUUCAGUCAUUGUGGCUCUUCGCCUGCCGCCGUAAGUGACGUUACAAGAUUCGAGCACUAUCUGCAAAAUGACUUGCAAGUGUACCUGUCAAAGAUUUGGUCAGGUUCAAUCAGUUCAAGCAAUUUGCCAGCGGGUUUUAUAUCGCACGCCAAAAACAAAUGUAAUGAUUGGAGUUUAUUUUAUUGUGAAACUUGUAAAGGUACACUAGCGAGUGAAAAUACCCUCAAGACUCUGAACGAAAUCGAAAAGGAAAUAACCGAAAAUGGAUAUGAUGGUUGUCUCAUUUAUUCUGAUCCUACCAAAACACAGACUGCUCGAAGAAGAUCUUCAUCGUCUUUUUCCAAUAUCUGGAGUCGACGAGAAGCAAAUACCGAUGUCAUUGAAUCUACACCUCAAAUCACAUCAAGGUUGUAUCUCAAGUACUGUGAUAAUAAUCACCACAUGACUACCUUACGCUCCACCGCUCAAAAAUUAGACACUUUUCGUAAUGACAUGCUGAGUAGUGGUCGUCCUGAUGCUGAAAAACUUGUCAAGAACGAAAUGGACAGGUGUAAAUUCUCAAGUAAGUAUGUCACUCAGCAAGUCUUGGAUGAAAUGAUUUCUUGUGAAACGAUUCAUCCGGACGCUUAG